UUGUUUAUUUUUAAAAGCGGUAAGGAAAACAAAAGACGCGGACAUUAAAGUUUAUGAAAAUGCAUCAUUGUUGUCAUUCUUCGGCUGAAUUAAUACGUAAAAUGUUUAAGUAAUUAAAGGAUUGUUUCGGCAUGUACAGAAUGACAGAAUGGCGGCCAAAUGCAGAGCUCAGCAUAUAUGUUUUAGUGUCGACUUGUGUGAACAGGCUGUGAAUCAUCUCGAAAUAUUAAAUACUGUUCACAAUUUUCCUGACUUGAAGGAGCCUGAGGUUUUAAGACAUGCUUUGUACAGAUACGAAAGGUUUUGGCUUCCGCUAGCUGCUGACCAUCCAGAAGAAUGUCUUGCGGCUCCACUCGAUGUCGAAUUUGUUUGGUACUGUCAUAUGCUAAACCCGGAAGCCUAUGCAACAGAUUGUCACAAAGUCGUUGGUACCACAGUAAACCACAAGCUGUACAGUCGGAAUGACUUUCUUGAAAAACAGAAGACAACUGAGAAACUCUGGUCACAAAAAUAUAGAAACAAAUGCGAACCAUUCACUGUUGAUCGCGAUGUGAAAUAUUGGGUCACGGAAAACCAAAGUUAUCAAUCUAGGAUAUCAAUCGAUAUUGUUGCCAUAGCACAAAAGCAGAUUGAGUUUUAUUACCAAGUCUCGUUGCCCCAUUACCGUGACAUCAAAUUCCUCGAAAACUCUGUACUAAGAUACAAGCAGUUUCUAUAUCUGAAGAAAGUGACACAAGAGUUUCUAAUACCAAGCUGCGAUAUAGAUCUGACAUGGCGUUCUCACUUACUUAAUCCCGUAGUAUACAAGGAUGAUAUGGUGAAAAAUGUUGGUCAUUUACUUAACCACGGUGGAUUUUUUCAUAAUCGUUGUGAAGAUUUACAACUUCAUGAGUCAGAAAAAGAAACAGAAGAAGAAACAGAAGAAAUAUGGAAAACCUUCUUUCACGAGAAGUAUUCUUUGUCCGGAGCAAUGUAUCGCAUUCCACCUACCGGACGCCUCUAUAACACAAGUCGAGAUGAUGUGUAUAUGUUUGAAACUAUGUCAAGCAAAUUUACACUCAAAAAGUUGACAUUAACUCUUUGCUCAAAAAUGUUAAGAAACGUGAAAUUGACAGGAUUCGGUGUCAGAAAUAGUCAGUUCAGGAAUAAGUUGUUUACGUUAAAACGUGUGCUCAAUUUAUCUUCUGAGACCAACACUGUAAUAUGGAGAGAUGCCGGAAGCUAUGACCUUGACACGAAUUCUGUUUAUGGUAUAGGUUUUCAGUUACAUUUAUGGUUAGGACGACUUUGUUGUCAAUCAACUGAAACAUGUGUUAGUACGAAUAUAAUUGAAAUAUUGCAGUUUACAAACGAAAACUUUAAUGCAGUAACUGGUGGAAAACUCAACUCUCAUAUUGUAUUUGACAACGCAAUUUUAGAUAUUAAAGGACAAUUCUCACCAGUGGAAUGUCAAACAGCUAUCUUUUUCCUGAAGAGGGGCCAUUACCACAUGGGAACAAUCCCGGACCAUGUUUUACAUCUCUGCGGGCCAGCUGAGAAGGAGAAAUGUUCAUCCGGAACAAGCAGAAGUUGUUAUCAAGCAACUCACAGUCUGAAUCCUCUUGUACCUGGAGCUUACAGAAUGAAUAUUACAGUCAGGACAAUUCACAAUUACACGGUCCCCUUGUCAGUGAUUCAAGUAUUCUAUAAUGACAAGAUGGCCGCCAUAGCUCAUGUAAUAGCAUCAGAUCAACUUCCGCUGCCAACACAAGUUACCAAAAAUGAAAUCACACUUGACCCAUCGCAAGGAGAGAAGGCUGUUAUUAUAAAGAGUAACACAGGUGACUGGGGCAUAGUUCUUGGCCGGUGGGUGGAUCUUACACGUGGUGUCAAAGGAAUUGGUUGUGAGACAGCUUCUCCUGAAAACCCUGGUUCACUGUCAGUUACGUUCUACAAAUGUACUACAGGGCAAACAACAACUCUCUCCCUUGAGUACCAUUCCAACGUUUUCAACUUCUCUCUGGAAUCUGCAGAUGUUGACCUAAAGAAAGGUAUCAUUCGGAUAGACACAUUACAAAAAGAAAUCGCAGAAAAUGUUGCUAUGGCAUUUUCUGUCUCACUGUUACAUGUGCUAUGUGCCCCUAGAUCAACGCUUUCGAGGAAAGUUAACGUCGUUAAAUCUGAGGUGAAUUCCCAAGAAAAGAAAUCCGCACCUAUUUUUCCAAGUAACGAAAUGGCGUUUCUACUGGCUGCUGGUUCCGCCAUUGAUCCGCUACCAAACUGACAUCACUACUGUACGGACACGUUUUCUGAUGUUGUUGAACCGUUGUUUUAGUAUUGAAACAACGUGGAAGCUAUGGCGUAGCUGAGAAACUAACAUUUUAAUGCCGCAAUAGUACUACUGAAACUGGCAUUAUGCACUCAGCUUUAUUUCGGAAUAGGAUAGAUAACAUCUAUCUUCGAGUCAUUAUGAUUACGCACUGCAGCUGAAGUAUACUUUUCUCAAUGUUGACGACUACUGUAAAUUCUCGUGGCACACUGUUUGUAUAUAUCAGAGAAAACAAACCAGCUUUGAUGUUGGUUCCGAUUAUAAAUAAUUUGGUUCAAGAAGCGACACUCUUACUAAUAUCUUAGUCGCAAGGGAACCUUAAGUUGAUGUUACUGUACUCUUUUCAAGGCUUUGUUUCGAUACAUCCAAUACUAUGCUUGCGCUAAUUGUAAUAUUUAGCGAGGUAAUUGGUAUGUUGUGUUCUGCGACAUGUGAUAGCGUGUAAUUUCGUCACGUGCAAAACACAGACUGAAAUAUUCAAUGUUUGCCAAAUGAGAUGGUAUAGAUAGAUAUUCUUUAUUUCCUCCAUAGAGGAAGAGCAUAUAAUAUUUACAGACAAUGCAAAUGUAGUAUAUAUACAAGUUAUUUUAUUGACAAAUCACAAAUCAUUUCUUCUGAUGUUUUCUAUGCGAGAGUAAGAGCGCAAAGCACAAAGUAUCUUAACAAUUUGCGGGCCCAUUUUUCCUAUAAGCGGAGGCUUAGUAAAUCUCCUUGUCUACAUAACUUGUUCGAUUUCAGAAUAAAUCAUUACUGCAUUA